AUGCCGCCCAAGCCCUCGUUCUGCAAGUCCACAUUGAGCGUCGACCGGACACACGUCAACCUCGAUAACAAUCUUGAAGUUGUCCGUGUUUUAACUUCUGCAAUUGUGGAGCUCUUUGCACGCCAUAAUAUUCGUUCCAAGUACGAUCCUAGAGUUCCAGCCCUGGCCUUUGGCUGGUCUUCGGUCCUGGCAGCCGGCGUAUUUAUUGGAAUUCCGACGGUCUUGAAAGUGCCAUUAGAGACUCGCCGCAUAUCGAUUGUCGUUGGUCUACUUCUGUUUUGGUCUCUCUAUCUAAUCCACAAGGUUCUGGAGGCUAAGGACAGCACCAUCUUCGUACUCACUGAUGCGAAGGGUCGGACGGUGCGAAUUUCCGGACGCCUCUGCCCCCGGACAGGACUGUAUACGGUCAAGCACAAGGAGAAUUUACUCCUAGAGAAGAGUAUAGGCGAGUAUUAUAAUGUGGACGGAGAUCUUGUUGGAGAAAACGUCGAGCGCGAUUUUGAGCCGCUGUGCCAAGUGGUCCAGGAUAUGUUAACGAGCAAGACAGAAUAA